GAAGAGUUUUCGAGGUUCACAGUGAACGAAAGGCUUCUAGAAGCCGAGCGUCUUCCACACUAGCGCGGGGUAGGCUCCUCGACUUUACCCCACGCUUCAUUGUCGGCCAGCUCCGCGCCAGGAUUUUUCUUUCCAAGCGUAAUAUUAAACCACACCAACUGAGCUCGAUACUUUAUACUUUAUACUUUGCGCCUCACCCAGACUUUUCAUACAAUUGAAUAACAUCCGCAAUCAUGGUCGAGAAGCUUUAUGUCACAUACAACCAGGUGCACAAGCACUGCCAGGAUGCCGCCCCCAGAAUCCUCGAGGAAUUCAAGCCUAACCUCAUGAUCGCCAUCGGCGGCGGUGGGUACGUCCCCGCGCGCAUUCUCCGCUCAUUCCUCAAGCGUGACGACUCGCCCAACAUCCCCAUUCAGGCAAUCGGUCUGUCCCUGUAUGAGCAGCUCGGCGGCUCGAGUGACUCUGAGGUCGAGGUCCCCGGCACAAAGGUCACACGUACGCAGUGGCUCGAUCUGUCUUCCCUCGAGAUGGCCAAUCUGAUUGGCAAGAAUGUCCUCAUUGUUGACGAGGUCGACGACACAAGGACAACGCUCGAGUACGCCGUCCGCGAAUUGGAGAAGGAUGUUGUUGAGGCGCAAAAGAAGUCCGGACGCACAGGGGAGAAAACUACGUUCAGUAUCUUUGUGCUGCACAACAAGGAUAAGGCGAAGAAGGGUACACUUCCUGAGGAGACCCUCAAGGGCAGGUAUCUGGCUGCGCAGACUGUUGGCGAUGUCUGGAUCAACUACCCAUGGGAGGCUAUGGACAUUGAUCAGCACGACCGCAUGUCCGCCGAGGCCUCGAAGGACAAGUCCGCCUGAAAGCUUCAUUUGAUCUAUGAUACCAAAAACAAGGAACAGGAGGCAGAUGAUGAAAGGGAAAAGCAUCACAUUGACGACUCGGCAUUUGAGCAAUUGCAAUCAGGGGUUAAACAG